UUGCUUGUGAACUUUUAAGAGUUAGAGUUAGUCGUUCUCUGAAAUGUUGGUUUUGAGUCUAUUAGUCCUAACAGCCGGCUUGGCCCUGGCUUAUGAAGAAUAUGAUGUAGACCAAGCUGAGGUCCUGUUUGAGCAGUUCAUUCAAGAAUACAACCGAGUUUAUAAAGACGAUGAAGAAAAGCAAAUGAGAUUUAACAUUUUUAAAUCGCAUUUACAUGUUAUAAACAAGCAUAAUAAGGUACAUGGUUACAACGUUUUGGGUAUCAACCAAUUUGCUGAUAUAUCGAAAGAAGAAUUUGCAAAUACGCAUUUCGGUUACCGUCCUAAUGAAGUCGGAGACGGGUCUCCCUGUACAAGCUCAAAGUUAAGGAUAACAGCAAAAGAUGUACCAGAAAGUUUCGAUUGGAGAGACAAAGGUGUAGUUACCGAUGUGAAAAACCAGGAUGGUUGUGGCGCGUGCUGGGCUUUCAGCACUAUUGGAAACGUGGAGAGUCAAUACGCAAAAGUACAUGGAGCUGAAAAUCUGAUCAGUUUAUCUGAACAGCAAUUGGUUGACUGUGACACUACUGAUCAUAAUUGUGGUGGAGGUGCAAUGGAAAAUGCUCUUUUGUAUUUUGUAAAUUCUGGAGGUGGUGUUAUGUCGGAACAAGACUAUCCAUAUCUUGGAAAGUUUGGUCAAUGCACGUUUGACCAAAAUAAAGCGCGAGUUAAUGUAACGGGCUGUGUGGAUUUCACUAAUACCCCUGAGGAGGACAUUAAAGAAAUUUUAGUCAACAACGGACCACUUGCAGUUGCAUUGGGUGUUGACAUAAAUUUCAAAUUUUACCGCGGUGGUAUCCUCCGAACUUGUGAUCCGAACAUAAAAUAUAAUCAUGCCCUAUUAAUAGUUGGUUAUGGUUCAGAAAAUGGAGUUCCGUAUUGGAUUAUUAAAAAUUCCUGGGGUGAUGAAUAUGGAGAGAAAGGCUAUAUUCGAUUGAUAAGAAGCAACCCUGAUUGUAGAGUUGGAAAAUGUCAACUGGUUUCUGCACAAGUAGCGUAAAUACUUGAUAUGGAACGCCCGUAUAUAAUACAGCAAACAAGUCUAAAUUAAUUAGAUUAUUGGUAAAAUAAAGUAUGAAAAAUGUAUCAGUUCGAAAUAUAAAUAUUCAAAAUUUC